AUGCCGCCUAAAGUACUUCACACUGUUCAGAACCAACGGCUUUACGACCCCAAGAAGAGCAAAACAGGAAAGAACAAAGAUGGUUCAGCUUUCGAUAUUGGCUACGGAAGUGGUCUACACGCUAAUGGCACUGUCACGAUAGACGAAGUCACCAUUGGAGGCGUCACUGUGCCCCAGAUGCCGUUCGGCGUUGCUCACUUGAUGGAAUGGGGAAACCACAAAUCAGAAAAACGAUUUGAUGGUAUGCUUGGGCUUGCAUUUCAGACAUCGAAUUCGAUCAAACCCGAUGCCCAAUGCACUUUCUCGCAAUGUUUGCCAGAUGUGAUCUUCACAACAAACUUGAAAUAUACAAGUGAUAGCUCUAGCUGGAUAACUCUCGGAUCCAUGGAUGAAGCUGCUCAUGGUCUGGAUACAGCAACGACAAUUCCGAUUGUGCUGAACAAGGACACAGGCAAAGCGACUGCAUGGUUUGCAGACCACGUACAAUUCGGCUCCGGAGGCAAAGUGUUCAGCACCAAACCCUCACGGGUACUCUUCGAUACAGGCGGGGCAUCUAUGAUUGUUCCUCCAGGCGUCGGUAAUCCGAUAUCGUAA